GAAGAAAACGGCCCAUCACCUGCUCCGCCUGCUCCCAUCAUCUCCCCAGCUCCUCCUCGCUAGCCAGCUAGCCAGCUCGCAGGGUCAGUCCGGAAUGGUCCUGCUAUGGCCAAGCUGUGGUUCAGGCUCCAGCGGUACUUCCGCCGGAAACCCGUGCGUUUCUUCACCUUCCUGGUGCUCUACCUGACCGCAGGGAGCCUGGUCUUUCUGCACGCAGGCUUCGUGGGCCAGCCUGCCGUCUCCCAGGGCCAGGCCAGCCCGGCGGGGGGUGUGGGGGUCCCUGCGGAGGGCGCAGAGCUGCCCUUUGCGGGUGAUUUGCACUGGAGCAGAAGUUUUCGGGAUGUGGGGGAAGCUUCGAGCAUCGCCAGGAGGUAUGGCCCCUGGUUCAAGAGCAAGGAUGGGAGCAGCGAGAGAGCCAAGCUCGGUGACUAUGGAGGGACCUGGAGCCGGGCGCUCAAGGGGAGAAUCCUUCGGGAGAAGGAGGAAGAGCGAGCCAAGUACAUCGGCUGCCACCGGGAUGACACCCAGAGGCGGGCCCUUCGGGGCGUGUCCUUCUUCGACUACAAGAAGAUGACUGUCUUCCGCUGCCAGGACAACUGUGCGGAACGGGGCUACCUGUACGCUGGGCUGGAGUUUGGCGCCGAGUGCUACUGCGGCCACAAGAUCCAGGCGGCGAACGUGAGCGAGGCCGAGUGCGACAUGGAGUGCAAGGGCGAGCGGGACAGCGUGUGCGGAGGCGCCAACCGCCUCUCCGUCUACCGGCUGCAGCUGGCCCAGGAGUCGGCCCGCAGGUAUGGAAGUGCUGUGUUCCGAGGCUGCUUCCACAGGCCCGACAACCUGUCUCUGGCCCUACCUGUAACAGUGGCCAUGCCUAACAUGUCCGUGGAUAAGUGUGUGGACCUCUGCACAGAGAAGGAAUACCCGCUGGCUGCUCUGGCAGGCACUGCUUGCCACUGUGGGUUUCCCACCACACGCUUCCCCCUGCACGACAGAGAGGAUGAGCAGCUGUGUGCCCAGAGGUGCAGCGCCGAGGAGUUCGAGAGCUGCGGGACACCCCAGUACUUCAUCGUCUACCAGACGCAGGUGCAAGACAACCGCUGCAUGGACAGAAGAUUCCUCCCGGCUAAGUCCAAACAGCUCAUCGCGCUGGCCAGCUUCCCGGGCGCCGGCAACACCUGGGCCCGCCACCUCAUCGAGCUGGCCACUGGCUUCUACACGGGCAGCUACUUACUCGAUGGUCACCUCUACAACAAAGGGUUCAAGGGGGAGCGCGACCACUGGCGCAGCGGGAGGACCAUCUGCAUCAAGACGCACGAGAGCGGCCAGAAGGAGAUCGAGGCCUUCGACGCGGCCAUCCUGCUCAUCCGGAACCCCUACAAGGCGCUCAUGGCCGAGUUCAACCGCAAGUACGGGGGCCACGUCGGCUUCGCGGCUCACGCGCACUGGAAGGGCAAAGAGUGGCCUGAGUUUGUUCGUAACUACGCGCCAUGGUGGGCCACCCACACGCUGGAUUGGCUCAAGUUUGGCAAGAAGGUGCUGGUGGUACAUUUUGAAGACCUGAAGCAAGACCUCUUUGUCCAGCUGGGCCGCAUGGUGAGCCUGCUGGGCGUGGCCGUCAGGGAGGACCGGCUGCUGUGCGUGGAGAGCCAGAAGGAUGGCAACUUCAAGCGCUCGGGGCUGCGGAAGCUCGAGUAUGACCCCUACACUGCUGACAUGCAGAAGGCCAUCUCGGCCUAUAUCAAGAUGGUGGACGCGGCCCUCCGGGCCCGGAACCUCACUGGCGUGCCAGACAAUUAUUACCCCAGAUGAUGCAUCAGACUGGGGGGUGGGGCGGCUAGGGAUCCUCACCAAGUCAACCCCCCAACCCCAAAUCUUUUCUGUCUGGGGUUUGGAGUCCACCCCCUACCCCAUCCCGGGCUGCUUUGGGUCUUCACUGUUUCCUGCAUGAUGACAGAGGGAAGAGAUUGUCCAGACACUCGCUUGCCCCAGCUCCAACCUCAUCCCCACCCACUGGAGAUGCGAGUGAGUGAGCGGCAGCUGGUUUGUGCGGGGCAGGGAAGCUCCAGCUGCAGGGACCCUGGUUCUGUCCUUGGUGGUCCCAGCUCAAGCCACUCUGGUGGCACUUGUGGGAUGGCUGGACCCAGGACAUGCUGAAUGUCCUCCGCCAUGUUGGUGUGAGCAUGGCACUGCCAUAACAGGAACUGCUGUAAAAGCUCAGCUGAGCUUUUAAGGCCUCCCCUUGACCUUGACCCUGAAGUGAUAGCACCAAAGGUGAUGCUGGUACCUUCAGCCCAAGAAAGUCGACAGGGAAUGCUUCUCUGAGGUGCUAGGGUUUAAGGCAUUCUGGGUGGCAGGGAGGGCGGUGGUGCUCACAUGGCACCACUGUCCCCCCCACUCUGUGCUCUGGAGUUGAUCCUACCCCCAGGCUACACGGAGCUUGAGAAGAAAAGCUGCUGGCCUCAUCCCUACUCAGACGGCCCUGCUGUGGCCCGUGAACCAGGGUCCCAAUAGC